UUUCUUUUGUUCUUAAUAUACUGAACAACCUCCUUUGUGAUCCUGAAACCUGCCACACAUGGAUUUUUCCCUCAUGUCUUUAAUGUCCAUGAUCAAUUUUCACAACUUCAAUUUCGUAUUAUUUGCUAUUUAUUUACCUUUUUUUUCAUAAGUUAUAUAUUGCUCUUCUCCCUCCCGCCCUGCUCUACUUAAUAAAUUCUUUCGGUUUGACACUGAAUCACGUGUUUAUCCAAAGCUGUCCACUUCUUUGACUAUGGAAUUGUGACUUUCUAGCUAUCUAAUAAAUGCUUCUUAUAGAAUUCCAAUUUUCCCUUCCCAAUUUUCUGUCUAAUUUUUUCCUCCCAAUAAGUUUUUCCAACAUUUUGCCUCAGCUUUGAGGAACUAGCUCUUGUGAAACACUAAGUGCCUACAGAUAUUACUGGUUGGGAAUAGUUCUCUGUUUGACCGUUUGAAUGUAAUCAGCUCCAUUUUUUUUAUUUUCCCCUCCUCUAUCACACACCCCCUUCUUGUCUCUCAAUCCAGGAAUAUUUACUGAGACCAUCACCCGAGACCCUGGGCACAUACAGAAAUUCCAGUGAAUGUACAGUAUAUGCAGGAGACACCGUUCUGCCUCAGAGUUGGACACCUUCACCCCCACUCCAUGUCAGUUUCCAACACAACUGUCUUCACCAACCCCUCCGCCUUCAUCCUGCUCGGCAUUCCUGGCCUGGAGGUGGCCCAUGUCUGGAUCUCCAUCCCUUUUUGCACCAUGUACGCCAUAGCUGUCUUGGGGAACUUCACAAUCCUGUUCAUUGUGAAGAGGGAGACGAGCCUCCAUGGGCCCAUGUAUUAUUUCCUCUUCAUGCUGGCUGUCACCGACCUGGUCUUGUCUACGUCCAUCCUGCCCAAAAUGCUGAGCAUCUUCUGGUUGAAUUCCAAGGAGAUCAAUUUCAGUGCCUGCCUCACCCAGAUGUACUUCAUUCACUGCUUCUCAGUGAUGGAGUCUGGGAUCUUUGUGGCCAUGGCUUUUGAUCGCUACGUGGCCAUCUGCCAUCCUCUGAGACAUUUCACCAUCCUGAGAAACUCUGUGGUGGCCAAGAUCAGCCUGGCCGUGGUGCUGCGUGGAGGCAUGCUUGUACUGCCCUUUCUCCUCCUGGCGAGGCAAUGGCCAUAUUGCAGAACCAACAUCAUCCCCCACUCGUACUGUGAGCACAUAGCCUUGGUGAAACUGGCCUGCGCAGACAUCCGCAUCAGCAGUUACUAUGGCCUCUUUGUGUUAUUCUUUGUGACCGGUGUGGAUGUGUUUUUUAUCACCAUGUCCUAUAUCCAGAUCCUCAGGGCCAUCUUCAGCCUCCCCACAAAGGACGCCCGAGUCAAGACUUUGGGGACCUGCAGCUCCCAUCUCGGUGUCAUUUUAGCCUUUUACAUCCCAGUUCUCUUCUCCUUACUCACACACCGGUUUGGGCAGAAUGUGUCCCUUCAUUUCCAUAUUCUCAUGGCCAAUGUGUACCUCCUGGUGCCCCCCAUGCUGAACCCCAUCAUCUAUGGGGUGAGGACCAAAGAGAUUCGGGACAGGCUGCUCCAUCUCUUUACUCAUAAAGGGAUUUAA